AUGCCAAAGUGCAGCUUGUAUGUUAUUUUCUUGAGAUCUGAUACAAUGUGCGACAUUGAUUUCUAUUUUUUUCAUCUAAAGCAUCAGUUUUAUGUUCAGGUCUCGUGUUUCAGUGUCUACAUUCACUGCUGCCCUUUUAGGCCCCUGUCCAUUUUGCUGCCCUUGUGGGAUCAUGAGCAUACAACACAGUGUUGCUGUUGGAACAUAUCUGCGUUCUUUAUUGGUUCGAGUUACAGCUGUAGGCCAGGGUUGCAGCCUACCGUUUGCUCCUGUUUAAGUUGGGAUGCUGGCGCCAUUGACCAUUUGUUCAGUGUGAAAGUAAGAAGACGCGUCUGGAUUUCGAGGCUCAGCUUGAACCCUGGUACUCGACUGCCUAACCAUGGCCGUCAGUUGGCUCAGUGCAAAUGCUGGACUUCCUUCCAGGCAAGAAGCCCAAACUGGACAUGUUUUGUAGCCAGGCCUUCUCUGCUUGGACAGUGGCUCAUCCUCCAAAGCCUGUUGUUUCACCAGCGGCAGCCAUGCUUUAACCUACGGGUUGGCACUUUUGACCGGAGAUUUGGAAUCUGCAACGCUGGAGCUGAAGAACGCUGCAGCUACUUGUCCGUGCGUGCGCACAGGGUGGCGCAGACGCGCAGUGAAUGUGCCUGCCACAAGUCCUCCAGCACCACCGAGCGCUUUCAACCGGUGGUCGUCACACUGCCUCUGCCUGCUCCCCUGCCUGCCUGCCUACCGCAGUCCUUGUGACCGCCCCUUACCGCUCACCCGCUGCAUGUGCCGCUAGCUAUUGCGCAGAUCGCGACACAAAGCGAUAGGCACGUCGUCACCCGUGUCUGUGAGUAAGGAUGGAAAUGGAUGGAAUAAGGAAUGAAUAGUCUAUUUUUUAAGAUUGUUAUCUAUAUUUUAAUAUGAAUAUAAAUUUAAAUAUCUUUGAACGUAA